AUGGCUCUUCAACCACAAGAGAAAUGCGAAGAUCUUCGUAAUUUAUACGAUUAUACCAGUAUUGAGACUUCUCAAUAUUUUGAAAAUAUUAUUCAAAAUCCCGUAAUAAACGUUGCUUUUAGUCUAAAUAUUGUUAGUAAUGGAACAACAGCACCAUCCUCAUCAAAUAAUAGUCUAUCAUCUAAUAUUGAAGAUUAUAAUGACAUUGACAAAAGUCUUUGGACUGCAUCCGAUAUCGAAUACAAAAUUGAAGAAUUAAUAAAAAAUCCAGAGUUUAAUAUCUUAGACUUGCCGUGCAAUGAAACAAAUGGUUGGUUACAAAAAGAAAUAGAUAAGAUCGAGUUAGAAAAUAUCGAUAAAUCAAUUCAAGAUCGACAAAUGAAUGUUGCAACUCAGCCACCAACCAACAUUCGUCGACGAUAUCGAAGUGAUGGAAAACGUCAGAUUGAAAAAUCUCGCUCAAAGCCGAUGACAAUCAAAUUACCAAAUUUAAAAAAUUGUAUAUUAAAUGCAAAUCAAUCAUUUUGGAUUGAGUUAAUACUCAUAACUACUCAAGAAAAUCCUGCAAAAAAAGUGUUCAUUCAUAUUGAUAAAAUAGAAUAUCAUGCAAAUGAUUUACCAGAAUGUGAUCAUGGAUUUGUACGGAUUCCACUAACUCCAGCAGAUAUUCAAAAAGGAAUAAAACAACUAGCACGUAUAUCAAUCAUCAAAGAAAAAUUAGAUUCAUACACGUUUAAAUUAAUACCCUUCGAUCAGUUAUCAAUAGAUAAUUCAAUUGAAAUAUAUGAAAAUAAAAAUGUAAAGACACUUAUUAAAAAAGCUAAACGUUUUCGUGACGCAUACAAUUUAACAUCAAGUCGUAUUGUAUGUCAAUUACUCGUUAAACAAAAUGAGACAUGGCAUCAAACAGAUAUUAUAUGUGAAACAAAUAUUAUGAAAGAAAUAAAAAAACCGAAAAAACUAAAUAAGCGUUCAAAAUCUUCUAAUAUCAGAAAUCAUGAUGAGAAUGAUGAAGACGAUGAUUAUUUAGUUCAUUGUCGAAGUUUGUCAAAGAAACAAAAACGAUCUCCACGAUUUAGGAAAUGUUUACCGGUAACACGAGUUAAAAAAUCAUAA